GCAAGAAUAUAUGACUGGACAUUUAACCAUAAGGGGAAAAGCUGGAUAACAAUUGAAAAUGAUCUUAGUGGCAUUAGAUUGAGUCAGAUGAUAUGGGUUCCACCACAGUUCAGGGGAAUUAAAGAAAGCACAAGUAUCUACACUUUAAAUGUCUUUAGGGUAUGGGACAAUUUACACAAAAACAUGAAAUGGGAAUUUAAUUUAUAUAUUAAUGCCUCUCACAAAUACUGAGUACUUUCCCCCGGGAAAGAAUAAGAUAUCAGGGAGAUGGUUUAGAAAGGAGGGAUACCCAACUGAGAGAUGUUUGGGUGGAGGGGGAAUUGAGAUCACUUAAAGAUUUAAUAGAGAAGAAGGGAGAUAUUUUUAUUAGAAUAGAUGAGUAGAAAUAUCAUCAAUUGAAAUGUUUUAUUGGAAAUCUACCGAAACCCCUGAGACUAAAACAGGACUGGAAUAUGUUUGAAAGGUUGUUAGAGACACGAAGGGAUGGGAAGUACGGUAUUUCAAAAGUGUAUAGAAUACUCACAGAAUUAGACACAAACACAAAGUUAAUUUUUAUAACAAAAUGGGAAAGGGAUAUGGGAGUUGGGUUUGAUGAAGAUAGACAGAGAAAGAUGUUUAGAUUGAUACACGAUAAUGUUAGUAUGAGAGAGGUUGAGGUUAAUUAUAAGUGUGUGACACGAUGGCACAUUACACCGAGUGUAGAGCACAAGAUGAAUGGGGAAAAUUCAAAUAUGUGUUGGAGAGGAUGUGGAGAGAUAGGCACGGUGUUUCACAUAUGGUGGGAAUGUCCGAAAAUCCAGGCUUUUUGGAAGAUAAUAGUCAAAUUGAUUGAAGAAAUAACUGAAAUUGACAUAGGGUUAGACCCAACGACGUGCCUCCUAUACAAUGUGGAGACAUCUGUAAAUAAAUAUAAAGAUUCAGGUAUAUGGUACUUCUUGAAUGCGGCGAAAGGGUUGAUACCCAAGUUUUGGCGGAGAUCUGAGGUGCCGAGGGAGGAGGACUGGAUUAAUAGAGUGAACCAGAUAGGUAGAAUGAAAAGAUCAUACCAUAUGCAGGAGGAUAGGAUGAGAGUUUAUUUUAGGAGAUGGGGAAAAGUGGGAAAGAGCAGGAUUGAAAGAGAAAUAUAGGGAAAAAUA